AUGUGGCUUCCGUUGUUACUGCUCGCCUUGAUGGCGAGCGGUUCCGCGUGUCCAGAUUUAUGCGAGUGUCAUCAGAGUGCCGUCGAAGGUGACUUGCCGGCUCUUCUCUAUGUGAAGUGUCGUGGUCGUGCGCCAGGAUUAUCGGAAUUACCAGUAAAGACUAGAGGUCUUGAGGUGGACGGAGCCGACGAGUACGAAGUGAUCGGUUUCUUCGACGAACUGGAAGUGAGCGAUUCGGUGAACGAUUUCGAGGUGAUCGGUACGUUGAACGAGUUCGACGCGAACGAUACGUUCGACUGGAGAGAGGACAAUACGACGAUACUUCCUUACCUCGACGAAUUAUCGGUGACGAACUGUUCGUUGGUGUUCUUGAACGUGUCGUGGCAUGGUUUUAAGCGUGUGAGAGCAUUGAACCUGUCAUGCAACAAUCUGGCGCGGUUGAACGACGUGCUGGUAGGCGGUAUGACGAAUAUGAGCGAGCUGACGCGUUUCGACUUGUCUGACAACUCGCUGACAGACGUGAGUGCCGGGGCUUUUAGGACGCUUGCGGGAUUGGUGAGGUUAAGUUUGUGUAGAAACGCGAUAACCACGGUGCACGAGGACGCGUUUCAGGGAUUGGACCGGUUGGAAUUUCUCGAUUUGUCUGAUAACAGGCUGGCAGAUUUGCCAGACAGUGCGUUAACACCGCUCUAUUCGUUGCAAAAGUUGGAUCUCAGUGGAAAUCAGCUGCAAGUUUUAGGUGCCAGGUGGUUUCAGAGUCUCGACAGAUUGAGGGAACUCGACGUUUCGAGGAACGGUUUAGCACGGGCAGCUUCGGGAACUUUGCAACCGCUUCCGGGAUUAUCGGUACUAAAACUCUCGGAGAAUCCUCUCAAAGAAAGAGAUGUCUCCCUGCUGUUAGGUACAGGCUGGCGUUUAGAAACUGUGGACGCAUCUCGUACAGGUUUAGUAAGGGUUCCAGCUGCUCUAACGAGAUCCGUGAGAGCGCUCAGACUCGCCGGUAAUAAGUUAACCACAAUUCGCGGCGGUGACUUGGACAGUUAUCCCCUUUUACGUAUAUUGGAUAUUUCGGAGAAUCGACUGGUUGACAUCGAGGACGAUGCACUCGGCCGUUUAGAAGUUCUCGAAGACUUGGAUAUUUCCGGGAACGUUCUCGUCAAGAUUCCAGGAAGUCUGCCGACCAGCUUGACACAUUUGAAACUCCAACGGAACGCGAUAACAGUUUUGAAAAUAGACGACCUCCAAGGAUUGUAUAAUUUAAAAUGUUUAACGUUGAACGGCAACGAUAUCACCGUGAUUGAGGUAGGAGCACUCGGUCAAUUACCGAUACUGGAAGAGCUGGAUCUAUCGGAUAAUCCCAUUAAAACGUUACCGGCUAAUACCCUAAGUGGUCCAAGCAACAUCGCCAAGCUUCGUAUGUCGGGAUUAACUUCGCUUGAACGGAAGCAAGAGGAACACAGUGACAUGGCAUUUCCAGUACCAACUCCCGAAAGACUCGUAUUUCUCGACGUAUCGAGGAGUCCUGUUCUUGCUAGGCAGCUUUUAGCAGAUGAUGCCGCGUUGUCGGCUUGCAAAAGCUUGAUCGAACUGAAUUUAUCCGAAACCAACGUCACCGGUCUCAGAUUCGAUCUGCCGUAUAUGCUUCCACAAUUGCGCACUCUUGAUCUAGAUGGAAACGAUUGGGAUUGCACAGAAGACCUAUAUUGGCUGGGUGAAUGGCUACGGCAGCACGAACAACUAAAUAAAGGCGUUCAACCAGGUCAAUGCGCGACUCCGCAAGAAUUGUCAGGGUCUCUCCUGUCCGAAUUACCAUCACCGCCGAGUCCUCUUCCUACAACAGUGCCAACCACAACACCCACCGCAUCGACAUUAUCGAUUCUAUCUGGAAUCGAGCGUACAUCUCAUCUUCAUAAAUUAAACGUGUCUUCCAACAUCGUCGAUAUCAAAGGAACCGUGAAUUCUAUCAACGAUACAACAAACCAAUCGACGAACUCGAGCCGCGAGAUCGAUAAUUUCUAUAACGCCACUAACAACAAUUCGACGAAAAGUAAAACGAAAAAUGUCGGGACGACGACGACGUUGCUGGGUAACAAGAGCCGUUCCUACGAAGCGCCGACUUUCUUCAGAAAUGUCACGACGUCGACGACGACGGAGGAACAGAAGGGACGGAAUUUCAGCGAGAAAGUUAUCAAAGUCGAUCAGACCUCCGAGGAGAUUAAAAAUUCAAUUAUAGACGUCGCCAGGCUGUCGUAUCGGAGAACGAACGAGGGCAAACCGUCAAUUAUUAGGAGGGAGGAUGAUUCGGGAACUUUUGAUAAUCGUAUAGACGGUAAGAGGCAGAAGAGCAGAAGACCGAGCAAACUUACCGUAUCAUCGAACAAGAUCACCUCCUCGAAGAUAUCGAAACUUGCCACGGUGAAGGAGGAGGAGGAGGAGGCGGGUGAAAAGAAGACGGCCGAAAAGUACUCGAAGAGACUGAACAAUCUGACAAAAGAGAACUUAGUACUAGGGAAUACUCCUGCUUCAAAUACGAUAGCAGAGGAAUUGAAUAGUCGAGCGACUGAUUCCGACGCGAGAGUCUCCGAGGCUUUAUCCGCUGGUGCUCAUCCUGGAAUGUUGGUGCUGGCUGGUGCUGCUCUUGGUGCCGCAGCUGCGCUCACUGUAGUCUUGUCACGACGAGCCACAGUGCGCCGGAGGGACAGGUAUCAUCGUCACGAGAAUAUCGAAGUGCACACGCUCACUCCGACCACCGAACUUUGGUGA